CUCUCAAGUGCCGUCUCCGAGUCUCUCGCACGCCGGACGAGACGCAAACCGCUCACACCCUCACGCCCGCAUAUCUCGCAACCUUGCCUGGCUAUCCAUCCAUCCACAUCCACUUACACAUACCAUACCAUACACGAUACACACGUACAUAGGUACACUGCACAAACCAUAGGUACCUACCUACUACUGUAGCACCUCCAUGUACGUACUACUACUGCUGCUAUUACUUGCUGCGGCCUUGUAUGCCUGGUGUUCUAUCUGGCCAGACGAUGCUGCUUGCAUCGCACCACAUCGCAUACACGACAUGGUAUCGCAUGGCAUGGCAUCGCAUCGCCCAAAUCUACCGGCACUUUACUUACAUGCUUCUGGCGCAUGUAAUGCAGCCGUCACUUACAGGCUCCCUGCUCCGCUCUGGCACAGCCCUAGUCGAUUCGAGACAGCACCAUCGAUCGAUCGUCGAGCCACGCAGAAGGCGCUGCUGCACGUAAAAGACAAGCCCAAGCGUCGAAAAGAGCCGUUGCAUUCUGCAUUGCAUUCCCCAAGACACGCCCCCUUUGGUUCGCCUGUUCGCACACAAGAGAGAGAGAGAGAGAGAGAGGAAAAAAAAAGUAUCUCUUGGUCUUAGGUCUGGCCUGUUGCCGAGAACGCGCGACACGCCCUCGAGUCCAGCCCGUUCCGUGUGAAGGAGGGGCUCUUCAACCACUAAUACGGCGACCACUGCCACCCUCACGUUUGUAGACACUGACCAGCGCCGGUACCUGUCUUGUACCUACUCCUGUCUUGUACCGG